CGCUUAACGCUCCAAGAAUGAGCCAAGCGGUGUUCUGCCACACACACACACACAAGUCUUUGCCUUUAUCCUCUUUUUAUUAUCUCUUUUUCUUCUAUUUUUGAGACUACCUGUGCCUGUGCGAGAAAAUGCAUGCGAUAGAUUUCAAAGAGAUUCAAGAAAAGCUCUCUGAUGGUUUCCGGCCAUGGCAAAGGUCAUUUCAGUUCUGGGCUCGUGCUUCCGAUAUCUACACUGGAUAUAAGGUAUUUCAGCUUAGAGUGAGCUUCGUCAAGGAUGUGAAGAAACAAGAGGAAAUGUGGGAGACGCAGCAUGAACUUGCUGCUCACAAAAUCUACGCUAUGUGCUCUGACCUUGGUGGUUUCUUCCUUAAGGUUGCGCAAAUUCUAGGGAAACCUGAUCUUGCGCCAGCUGCUUGGGUUAGAAAACUCGUCACUUUGUGUGAUCAAGCUCCUGCUACGCCAUUCGACUCAAUUAGACUUGUCCUGGAGAAAGAGUUAGGUAAAAGCAUUGAUGAAGUGUUUGAAUCAUUUGAUGAUAAGCCUCUUGGGUCUGCUUCUAUUGCUCAGGUUCAUCGUGCAAGAGUAAAGGGAGACAAGAGAGAUGUUGUUGUAAAGGUUCAACACCCUGGCGUUGAGAAACUAAUGAUGACAGACAUACGGAACUUGCAAAUAUUUGCAUUAUACAUGCAGAAAACAGAUAUCAAAUUUGACUUGUUCUCCAUAACAAAGGAAAUGGAGAAGCAGAACUCCUUGUGUGUUUUCAUUUUUUUCAAGAUUGGGUAUGAAUUUGACUUCAAAAGGGAGGCCAAUGCAAUGGAAAAGAUCCGUCGUUUUCUUUAUGAUAACAACAGGAAGAGUCCUGUUCUGGUUCCCAGGGUGUUGCCACAAUUGGUGACCAGGAGGGUUCUGGUGAUGGAUUACAUUAAUGGAAUCCCUAUCUUGAGACUCGGUGAUGAGAUGGCCAAAAGAGGGAUAAAUCCUCGUGGUAGGAUGGCAGAGGCAGCAAAACUAAAUAUACUUAGCAGUUUGUCUAAAGCAUAUGGGCAAAUGAUACUGAAGAGUGGUUUCUUUCAUGCUGAUCCACAUCCUGGGAAUAUCUUGAUUUGUAAAGGUUCAGAGGUUGCACUGCUAGAUUAUGGUCAAGUGAAGGAACUACCUGACCACCUGAGACUUGGUUAUGCAAAUUUGGUCAUUUCCAUGGCGGAUAACAAUGCCUCAUUGGCAUCACAGAGCUUUAGGGAACUGGGUAUAGUUACAUUUGCCAAGUGCGAGAAUGAGCAGCAAGAACUUCUCCAGUUAGCAAAAACGAUGUUCGACACAAAGAUGCCUCCCGGUGUAUCAGUUCUGCAACCUUUCUCAGAAGACUCUUCCAUCAAAAAGAUAUCCGUUGAGGGAUUUCCAGAGGAACUAUUCUCUGUUCUUCGCACGGUGAUUCUGUUAAGAGGGCUGAGCGUAGGGAUUGGGCUUAAUUACUCAUGUGCUCAACAGUGGAAGCCUAUCGCAGAAGAGGCUUUGCUUGCAUCUGGAAGACACUCGCCAGGUAAAAAGCAGAAGCGUAGAUUUAGUUCUUUGAGGAGGCUAUACCCAAGAGAUUAAGAACACAAACACAUAACAGAGUUGAUGGUUUUCUUUUCUCUUGCAAAUGAUACAAUCAAGGCAGCAAGUUGUCUAUACACGCAAAUGUCCAGUGACCCGAAAACUACCCAGCUGUUAGUUUCACAUUCAGUUAAGAGAAAACAUGCGUUAAUAUUCAUGAAAAGACUUAUUAUCCCC